CAAAAAAAAAAAAAAAGGAGCUUGCAGCAGAGACGGUACAGCUUGCGUAUUAGAAGAAAGAGAAAGGAGGAAAGGGACCAUGGUCUCAAAACUUACUCAUCUUCAGGUGGAACUACUGGGUGCACUGCUGGAAUCAGGGCUAAGCAAGGAGACUCUUAUCAAAGCCCUGAGUGAGGCAGACCCCUACAAUGAGAGCCAAGGGCUCACCAGCACUGCCCAAACGGACAAAGAGGAAACCUGUGCAGAAAUCCCUGUUCUUCCCAAUGGAAUGGGGGAGUCUAGGAUGUCUGAAGAUGAAACAUCUGAUGAUGGAGAAGACUUUACUCCUCCAAUAAUGAAGGAACUGGAAAAUCUCAACCCAGAGGAGGCUGCUCAUCAAAAAGCAGUGGUGGAGAGAUUAUUACAAGAGGAUCCUUGGAGGGUAGCUAAGAUGGUGAAGUCCUACCUACAGCAGCAUAAUAUCCCCCAACGGGAGGUAGUGGACACCACGGGCUUGAAUCAGUCCCACCUCUCACAGCAUCUCAACAAGGGCACUCCCAUGAAGACUCAGAAGAGAGCCGCCCUCUACACCUGGUACGUCCGCAAGCAGCGAGAGGUGGCCCAGCAAUUUACACAUGCUGGCCAGGGUAUCUUGGUGGAAGACACAAUGGGAGAUGACCUACCAACUAAGAAAGGCAGAAGGAAUCGGUUCAAAUGGGGUCCAGCUUCACAGCAAAUCCUCUUUCAAGCCUAUGAGAGACAGAAGAAUCCUAGCAAAGAAGAACGAGAAGCAUUGGUGGAGGAGUGCAAUAGGGCAGAAUGCAUCCAGCGUGGUGUCUCCCCUUCCCAGGCCCAAGGGCUGGGCUCGAACCUGGUGACUGAAGUAAGAGUUUACAAUUGGUUUGCCAACCGCCGGAAGGAGGAGGCUUUUCGGCACAAGCUAGCCAUGGAUAGCUACAGCGGCCCACAGCCCAACUCUGCUCCCACCUUGGCUGCACACAACUCAUCAUCCCUCCAGCCAGCGGCACCUCUCUCCCCAAACAAGGUCCAUGAUCAAGCUUCAUUGCAACAACAAAGCCUCUCGUUUUCCGAUUCUGGCAUGAGGUACAAUCAGCAGCCUGUCAGUGAGACGGGGUCAUCGGAUGGCAACCAACAUGGGGGGAACAAUUCCAUUGUGACCGCUCAGACCAUCCUGCACCAAGCCUCUUCCCCUGGUCUGUGUUCAGCUGCAUCUGGCUCAGUUUCAGACGCCAAGCUGAUCUCCGUUCCUGGGGGCUCUCUUCCUCCAGUUAGCACUCUGACGGCCCUGCACAGCCUGGAGCAAAACCCACACACAUUGAGCCAACAAACCCAGAACCUCAUCAUGGCAUCACUUCCUGGUGUUAUGGCAAUUGGACCAGGAGAUACUUCUUCAUUAACGCCAGCGUUCACUAAUACUGGAGCCUCCACAUUGGUCAUUGGUCUGGCCUCCACCCAAGCCCAGAGCGUCCCUGUGAUCAACAACAUGGGGAGCAGCCUCACUACCCUACAACCAGUCCAGUUCUCCCAGCAGCUGCAUCCGUCUUACCAGCAACCUAUUAUGCAACAAGUCCAAAGCCAUCUCAAUCAGAGCCCAUUCAUGGCCACCAUGGCCCAGAUCCAGGCUCCUCAUGCUCUCUACAGCCACAAGCCUGAGGUGACCCAGUAUACCCACACUGGCCUUUUGCCACAAACCAUGGUGAUAACGGAUACAGCUAACCUCAGUGCAUUGACCAGCUUGACGCCAACCAAACAGGUGUUUACCUCAGACUCUGAGAACCACACAGAGACUGGGAUUCAUACGCCACCAGCACAAGCCUCAACCAUCCACUUGCAAAGCCAAGAGGCUACCAUCCAGCACCUUCCGCCAAGCCACCGCCUCUCUUCUAGUCCUGCAGUCUCCUCCAGCAAUCUGGUACUUUACCAGACCUCUGACUCCACCAGCAGUCACAGCCACUUGUUGCCAUCCACUCAUGGUGUUAUAGAGACUUUCAUCUCGACACAGAUGGCAUCCUCAACUCAGUAGCUACAGUGACCAAGUGGAUAAGUGAUUACAAGUGCAAGUAGCUCCAGGCGUCACCCAUGCAGGAGGGAAGACCAGCAAACACCCACUUGAGCAGAUGUUUCUUCUGUCUCCUCCACUCACAGUGUACAUGGCCCAUUCCACAUUCCAAGCCCUGGAAGAGGUUUGUGCCAGGCACAAAAAUGUGUAUAGAGAAAGCAGUAAGGAAGAGUCGGAGCACGCACUGCCAUGAGUCUUUGCCAUCAGACAGGAAAUGCAGGUGAUGUUCUUCACUCUACGGCAAAACACUCUGUUUUCACUGUUUUCAAUGGGGCAUGCAGGAGCCAAUCUGCCACACAGCAACUCCCGCAGAAAAAGAGGAGGGCUGGCCUACAGCAGCGGGAAAGAACACAUCACACACAUCAGUGCUGUUGGCAAGUCAUGUGCAGGCAGGCUCUUCUUUUCCUUCAGGCAGGCACUGCAAAACAGCUCAUUGGCUCAGAACCGCAGCAGAACACAGCAUAUGUCCAGGACCAUGACAUUUCCAGUCACAGGCCUAACAACAUGGAAGGCAUUCCUGCUAUUUCUUUUUGUCAAGCCUUAAGCCCGUAGCGACUUGAGCUGAUAUGCUGAAGAGGUACCACCUAAUGAGGGAACUACAAGACGACCAGACAAGGAAGUAAUAGGUCAAAGUAGGAAAAGUUACACUCUUAUAAAUGCUUCCAUGUCAGGAUUGCUCAAAAGCCUGGGUGACUAGGAGGUUCAGAUGAGGCUUCACAUGCCAUUCCCCCCCAGAAUUCUACUGAUCCCAAGCUCCAGUCUGCAUCAAAUACCCUUCAAAUGCUGCAGAACUAUCCAAUAAAGACACAGCCUAGGGAAGAGUAUGCAUUUGUGUUAAAUUUGUAAGUUGCAGAAUUAGGAAUUCCUAAACACACCUUAGAAUUUUGCAGCACAUAAUUCCAGCCCCUUCUUCCUUUCCUAGUUUCUUAGAAAGGUGCAUCAUUGGUGCAGGUAGGAGAGAGGAAGCUGAGAGCUUAGCAUAUGGUUUCCAUCAAAAGCAGCACUAACAUUCUGAGCCUUUAGAUCAGAAUUAUACCACCUCCAAUUCAAACAGCAGAACGUGGAUUUCCAUCACAUCCAAUUGUUUUGAGAAGGGAUGACACAUUGACCUAACUCUUGACCUCAAUGACGCUACAUCACAGCAAGAAAAGCUAUUUAGCUACUAAAAUGAAAACAGCCAAAGGGGAAAAAUACCAAACACUACAAGCAUGAAGGGAAAUGGAAGCAAUUUUUUUUAAAAAAAAAACAACCACGAUCAAAUGGUAGCCUCUGCCAAUUUCAAGUACUAGCAGUGAAAAUCAGUCUCCAGAAUGUCUCUAAUUGGAGUCAGGCCUCCUGAAUUGUCAGAGGUUUCUAUCAACCACUGGAGCCCUCUGUAGGCUUGGACACAAGAGCUGCCUGUUCUGCUUUAUCCUGUAAAUAUAUUUAAUUUUCAGUAAAUCAAGAGGAGGGGGAAAAUUCUGUCAACAUGUAUUUUGCUUGUUUAUAAGGUAACCAAAGUAAAGUUUUAGUGGACUCUUAAAAACCCAAUAUAACUUUUAUACACGUUUUAAAAAAGUUAGGUAAUUUACAGUUCUGGGCUUUAAAAUAAUCAUUUACCUCUGAUUGGCAGCCUUUCUGUGUGGAACAAAAAAUUAAUCGGGCUAAUCCCUCCUCCAUUGGUAAGCUGCAAUAUUUGUACUGGUACAGAUGCUUCAGUAAUAUCAGUUGGUGGGGUGGAAACAGGCAACUGCGGAGGGUUGGGGAAGGGUGGAAAGGGGGAAAAUUGGGUGAUCAGAAAGAGCAAGAGGUGGGAAUUCCUUUUGUGUGUGUGUGUUCCUCAUGCCCUCCCCCCACAUUGCUCUGAAUGCAAAGCUGGCCUACUUAUAGAAGCACCAACAGCUGCCAGGGAAAUUAGAG